AUGACGACGUUCAACAACAACGGCGUAACGACUUCUCUCAAGGAUAAAAAUCUGUUGAGAUUUUUCCUUCUCGGCGUCGGGACUUUACUCCCGUUCAACGUGUUCAUCACCGCGAAGAAGUAUUUUGACGUGACUUUACUCAGACACGAUGGUGGGGAUGCCGCCGCGGCUGCGAGAAAUGGCGAAGGAUGGUUUACGUUUACGAAAGAUUCGUUUGAAAAUGCGUUUAGUUUUUCGUACACGAUGGCAAACUUGGCGACGUUAAUCGCGAUGAAUAGGAUGCGGGUGUUUGAUGCGGGCAGAAGAAAGGAUGAUGAUCCAAGAAGAAGAAGAGAAGAAGAUGUGAAUGAGAAGAGUAAAUUAUACGACCGAUUGACGACGUAUCCACUCUUGGCGUGCGCUGUAUGUUUCUUCGCGACGGCGUUACUGGCGUUGGAUGAACACAUAAAAGGUACAUUUGUCGUCUCUUUCGCGACAUUUAAUUUAGUUUUGUUCGGUAUUUUCACUGGUUUGGUGCAGUCCGGAUCGUUUGCAUUAGCCGCGACGCGAGAGAGAAAGUUUUCCACGUCGGUGGUGAGUGGGCAAGCGUUGAGCGGGGUGCUCGCGAGUUUCGUGGCGUUGACGUGUAGCGGGUUUAAUUUCGCGGCUUUGUAUUUUGGUUUGAGCGGAUUGGCGUGUUUACUGUGCGCGAAAGGCGGGAGAGAGUUAGUCUUGGAGAUGAAAAAGGAAAAUAUGACGUCAAAUAUGGGCGACGAUAGUAUUAAUAGUGGGAACAUUAGCACGCAGCAAUACGCUCCAGUCGCGAUACUCGAGGAGGACAAGGAGGAGGAGAAGAAGAAGAAGAAGAAGAAGGAAUCGAAUAAUGCAUUGUCUGAGAACGACUUGGAAUUCAACGUCGAAGACGAAAGGUCAAACGCGCGACUCAUGGGCGCUUCUACGAUGUCGUCUUCUUCGAACGCAACAACAGAAGCGUCGGAAGGUACCGAAGGCGCCGCCGAUGAGCCGCCGAUUAAAAAAGAGACGUGGCUCUUUCGGUUCGCCGUGUUUCUCACGUUUACAGUCACGCUCACCGCGUUUCCCGCAAUCACUUCGUCCAUAGUCACUCGCGCGGAAAUGAAUAACAACAGCGGUAGCGAUGAUAGUAACGGUGCAUCCACCGACGGCGACUACUGGACCUCCUUCCUCUUCCUCCUCUUCAAUCUCGGCGACCUCGCCGGACGCGUUUUUGAAGGUUCCUCGUACGCUCACAGUCGAGGGCUACAAAACGUCACCGGCCAAGUCGCGUUCCGUCGAAGUCUGUAUCGAAUAGUAUUCGUUCCUUUGCUCGCUUCGUGCAACGUGAAUCGAUCCGGCUGGCGCAUCCCUCGAGUCUUCUCCUUCGACUCGUUUCCAAUCCUCUUUGUAUUCUUAUUAGGAUUCACCAACGGUUUCAACGCCGCAUGCAGCAUGGCGCUAGGACCGCAAACGCUCUCUUCUGACCACCAUUCGCCGCACUCAGACGAAAUCGAAAACGAAGACAUUGAAAUAGAAAACCCACCGUCGUUGGUGUCCUCCUCUUUGACGACAGAAAGGACGAACGAGGACGAAGAAAAAGAAGAUGUCGCGAAAAGCGAAGAAGGCGCGUUUCUCGGCACCAUGCUCUCCGCUGGAAUCGCCUUCGGAAGCGUCGUCAGUGUACUCGUCUGCGGGAUUUUCACGAGUGGUGGGUAUUUGUAA